UCAGGAUAUUUUUCAUUUUUAAUGUAGGUGCUUGCUUACUGAUUUGGCGAGUUUGAAAAGAGAAAAACAACUGCAAUCCUACGUAAUGGUCAACUUCGAGCUGAUCAUCUCGAAGUUGACCAUUUUGAAUACAUUGCUGUUAUUUUUUCCAUAUUAUACUGCUACGAUGAAGUGCUUCACGAAUCCGAGCAAUCCCGGUGCUUUGAAGCUACUGAUAGCGUCAAAAUGUGGCCAAAAAGAAAUACAAAUCGAUACAGUAAACGCUAAAGACCAAAAAUCUCACGGUUUCAAGAGAUUACCGGUGUUAGAAUUAGAUAACGGUACGAAGAUCUUUUCCAGCACCGCUGGCGCACGUUAUUUGUUCAAACCUGAUGAUAAUUUGAGUGAAAAAGUUGAUGUGUGGUUGACGUGGGAAUCCACCGUUCUACUACCUGCUCUAGCUGCUUGUAAUUUAGAUAAGAUUUCCGAUAGUCCGGUGCUGAAUGCUGUUAGCUUUAUCGACGAAGCUGUAAAAAAUAAAGUGUAUUUAGUCGACGAACGGUUAACGGUCGCUGAUGUUGUUCUGUGGAGUUCGUUAUUUGCUCUUUUUACGGAACAGAAUAUUGUAUCGCAGUAUUUAUCAUCCAAACACAGUAUUUUAAAUUGGUUUAAUAAUCUAAAAGAUUCGAAACCAUUCAAGGAAUCGAUUGCUAUUUGGGGCCAGAAACAAGGCAACGAAGUAUUCAAAUCAUUCGUAGAAGGUUGUUCGUAUCCUUCAGUCGGUAACAUGGAAAAUGUUACUGUUACAGAAGAGAAAGAGACGGUGGUAACCGAAGCUGAAAUAAACGAAGCCGAACAAGCCUGGCUUGGUAAACGGUCAUCUCGUCCUAAACCGAGAAAAUUCACUAAACCAGUAUUACCUCAAGCUGGAGAGAAAAAUAUUUUAAUUACCUCAGCAUUACCUUACGUCAACAACGUUCCUCAUUUGGGUAAUAUCAUUGGCUGUGUACUUUCUGCUGAUGUUUUUGCCAGAUAUUGCAAGCUGCGGAAUUGGAACGCUUUGUAUAUCGCUGGUACCGAUGAAUAUGGAACUGCUACUGAAACUAAAGCAUUAGAAGAGAAACUAACUCCUCGUCAAAUAUGUGAUAAGUAUUUUGAAAUACAUAAAGAAACGUACACGUGGUUCAAUAUUGAUUUCGAUUAUUUUGGUCGUACGACUACCGAUCUUCAGACAACAAUCGCUCAAGAUUUAUUUUUACGGAUUCAUAAGAAAGGAUACACGUCUACUGCAUCAGUCGAGCAACUAUUUUGCCAAAAUUGCAGCCGGUUUUUAGCUGAUCGUUUUGUAGAAGGAACUUGUCCAAAAUGUAAGUAUGAAGAUGCCCGAGGGGAUCAAUGUGACGGAUGUGGUACUCUAAUCAAUGCUGUCGAAUUGAUCCAGCCACGUUGCAAAGUUUGCGGUAAAAUGCCCGUAGUACAAAAUUCCAACCAGCUUUUCUUAGAAUUACCCAAGAUCGAACCAGUUUUGCAAGAAUGGAUCAAGUCAUCUUGCGAUCAUUGGAGCCAUAAUGCUCGAGAGAUAACGAAUUCUUGGCUGAAAGACGGUUUAAAAGCGAGAUGUAUCACGAGAGAUUUAAAAUGGGGUGUUCCGGUUCCUUUGAGCGGAUUCGAGAAAAAAGUAUUCUACGUCUGGUUCGAUGCUCCGAUCGGUUACAUGAGUAUAACAGCUAAUUACAGCGACGAAUGGAGGAAAUGGUGGCAACCUGCGAAAGAAACGCCUGUAACACUUUAUCAGUUUAUGGCUAAAGAUAACGUUCCUUUCCAUUCAGUCAUGUUCCCAGCCACUUUGUUGGCCGUAGGUGAAAACUAUCAACUAGUUAAUCAUAUUUUCGCCACAGAAUAUUUGAAUUACGAAGAUGGUAAAUUCUCAAAAUCCAGAGGCAUCGGUGUGUUCGGUACCGACGCCAAGAACACCGGAAUCCCUGCCGAUAUAUUUAGAUUCUAUUUACUCUACAUGAGACCGGAAUCGCACGACUCGUCGUUCAGUUGGGUCGAUUUAGCGACCAAACAUAAUACCGAAUUAUUAAAUAAUAUCGGUAACUUCGUCAAUAGAGCAUUGGUCUUCGACGAAAAAUUCUUCAAUUCGGUCAUUCCGCCGAUGAAUAUGGUCAAAGAAGAUUACGUACUUUUAGCCUCGGUGACGCGGGAAAUUCGUGGAUACCAUAGUGUGCUAGAGAAUGGUAAAUUACGCGAUGGUAUCAAAUACAUGUUGAAUAUCUCCAGACACGGUAACAUUUACAUGCAAACACUCAAACCGUGGGUAUUAAUAAAAGGCAACGAUGAAGAAAAGAAACGUGCUGCCACCGUGAUCGGUAUUUUAUGCAAUGUGGCUGCCUUAUUGGCUAUUGUGAUUCGUCCUUAUAUGCCAAAUAUCGCGAAAAUCAUGGCCGAACAGAUGAACGCGUCGGAGGAUCUUUUCGUCUUGACCGAAGAUAUGAAUAUUUUACUUCCAGAAGGGCAUAAAAUUGGAAAACCUGUUCCGAUUUUCACGAAAAUUGAACUCAGUACCGUUGAAACGUUGAAGAAAAUGUUCUCAGGACGUCAAACAUCGCCCCCAAAAGAACCGUCGAAGAAACCCGAAGAAACGUUCGCUGAUUUACAAUCCGCUUCUAAGGUUGCGGACAGUUUGAAGAAAAUGGAAAAUGCUAUCACCGAACAAGGUAAUUUGGUUCGAAACAUGAAGAGUGGCGGAGCUCAGAAGGCGGAAUGGCAACCUCAUGUUAACGCUUUGCUCGAUAUGAAAAAACAAUACGAAGAAUUGAAAAAAGUUCAAGCAUCUUUGGCGAAUAACGUAUCGCCCGCUAGUACUGAAGAACCGGUCAAGAAUGGGGAAUGUCAAGAUAAAGAACAAGAAAUAAUUAGAUUAGAAGAAGGCAUUAAAACGCUGGGCGAUAAAAUCCGAACGUCGAAGACUAAUAAAGAAAGUAAAGAAGUAUGGGGACCAUUUUUAACAGAGAUGUUAGAUUUGAAAAACAAAUUAGCUCAACUGAAGCCUUCUGCUGAGCCAGCAGCACCUUCUAAGAAGGGAAAGAAGAAAUCAUAGGUUUAAGUGAGACCGUGUUUGAAUUUAUUUAUUUAUUUAAUAUUUUGUCUGUCUCAAUAAACGUCUAUUUAUUUGUCA